AUGUCUCAUCUGUGGGUGGGCUCCUGGCUCCACGAGGUGUUGGAACCUGCGGCAGAGCAGUCUCGCCCAGCCAGGUGCUUGCUGCAGUCCACAAUCCCUGUUUUCCAGUCACCACCACCCACUGCUGUGAAGGCAGAAGGUACUGCAGAGACUCAGAGCCUGGUUUUUCACAUCCUGCCGCUAUACGGUGUGCUGCAGCCGAGUCAGAGCCAGCGGGUCGCGUUCACCUUCUUUGGCCGUGCAAACAUUGUCGCCCACAUCAUGGCACUGUGCAGGGUGGAGGGAGGCCCAACCUACGAGGUUGCACUGAGCGGGGAGGCUUCACUUAUCAACUACCUCCUGGACAUCACAGAGAUUGACUAUGGGCUGCAGCUGUUUAACAAGGUUGCAGAAGCAGAGGUCACCCUGCGGAACAAUGGGAAGAUGGGAUUCACCUACACAGUGUUAAACCCCAGCAUGGCCACUGCAGACUGCCCACAGCCCCGUGAGCCCCUGGUCGUCCCCAGCACGGGUUACCUUGAACCUGGCAAGGAGCAAGUGCUGAAGGUCUACUACCUGCCAGGAGUGCCAGGAGUCUUCUUCAGGACUUUCCAGGUCCAAGUGGGUCACCUGGAACCAGUAGAGAUCUCCCUGAAAGGAGAGGGGAACUUUCCCAGGUUCUCCUUGGACCUCCCCAGGAAUAUCAAAGGAAAUGAAAAAUAUGAGAAGGUCCUCAAGGAGGCAAAAGAGAAGAUGGAACAAGACAACCAGAGAGACCAAGCAGUUGUUCUGGGGGAGGCUGUGGCUGCGGAGCCACUAACAGACAGCUCAGACAUCAUGUUGGAGCCUUGGCUACAGAUGCAGAUGGAGGACUUGCUACUAGAGGAACAUGCCCUGGAGCAGCAGAAAGCUCUGGCCUCCAAUGCCCCAGAGGACAGUGCCUUUGGCCAGCAUGCUUACCGGAGGCUUCUUGAGGUAGUGUUCCCUCAAAAGAGCAAGGUGGAUGAUGACAUUGUCUUCAAGCAGUAUGUCAUGGACACAGAUGUAUUCCACUUUGGAGAACCUUCAUGUGGUCAUGCCUCUCGGUACUGUCAGGGAGAAGACAUCACCUGUUCAGAGUUUGUGCAAAUUCUGGACACUUGGGGGUGA